AGUACCAGAGAACGUGAUCUGUGAUCAAGUGAUCAGAACCAGAAUAUAAAGAGAAGAGGGACUGCAAGCUAGCAAGAAUUUAUUUUCCACUUUCAUUCACUGACCAGCAGGUGGCGCUAUAUAAACCUAAAUCACCAAUCAUCUUGUAAUCGCUGGCUAAAUUAAUCGCUAAAUUAAUAGUGUUUUGCAAGGGAAAAAAACAGCCAAAGAACCUUACAUACAGUAUACCUUUUUCAUGUGAAAAUUUAUAUUUUGGAAGACUUCCAAUAGGGGUAGAUUUGGUAUCCUUUUUUCUGUUUUUUUUUUUCCUGUCUAUAAACAGAAAGUGAAAGACGCAGGACUUUUGGUAUUCCCCUUCGAUCUGUUCUCACGGGAAAUGAGUACUAACAUGUUGUGUCUCUUCUAAUAAAGAAGUGCUUAGAAUAGUGUGCUGGUGUCCAGUUUGUCCAUCUGUGGAGGAUUUGAGCCAUGAAUGUUCCAAAGUGUCCCAGUUGUCAUCAGUCUAAUGUCGGAGUUUUGGAUGGUCAGUGUGCAGUCUGCAGAUCUUGCUCUGAUGUGAAGAGGUCUGUGUUUCGUUUCUGCAUGGCAUGUCAGAGAGAGUGGCCACGCAGUGCUCCGAUCACCAGUUCCUGCACACUGCCGAACUGUGCGCUCCGUGCUGCCCUCCUCAGCGACACAAAAAUCACUGACCCACACAGCUCGGCAAGAGGAUGUCCAUACUUCAGGGCCUGUCCAGGGUGCAAGACCCUGCUUACACACAACGGAAAAGGCUGUCCCAACAUCAUCUGCCCUCAGUGUAACACACACCUCUGCUUCCGCUGCCUCCGUGAGUUUUGCCCCGGGAUACAGAAUAUUGAAACCCUUGGGUUUCUUACCCAUCGACUGUAUUUAUUUCAAGAUAAUGAUAUAAUUCCAUGCAGAAUUGUGGACAACAAACAGAGUCUCACUGUUUUAGGACUGUAAUGAAAACAAUUUGACUAUAAAAACUCAUAAAUGGCAGAACACUAAAACCUACCUACAUUAUAAUGAAAUAUGGCCAGCUAAGGCCAACCCUGUGUGUGAUUUAUAAUGGAAUAUAAAUUUAUAUGUUAAGCUUGUUAUUGUAAAUUCUUGUACAUUUUCAGAAAAAGGUACUGUAACAGUAAUUCACUGAUUAAUGAAUGAAGCCUGCAUGAAAUGAUUCAUUUUUUUUUCCAAAUCUGAAAUGCUGAUUACAUUAUAUUGCAUAAUAUCAAUAAACAUCUUUAAAACCCUUAA